ACUACAUGGACUUUACAUUUCAUCAGCCAGACACCAUAGAAUCGAUUCAGACUUUUUCAAGCCAAACUUUUAUUCAGCAUUUAAUGACUCAUCUCCAGACUCAAAGAGCAAAGGAGAUUCCCCUGUCAGAGAUCUUGCAGGUGGAGGUUGCGCGUGACUUCAGUAGUUUAGCCCUGGGAGGCAAUCCACACUGCUUUGAGGUCAUCACAGCCACCAUGGUGUACUAUGUUGGGGAGAACACCGGCGGCCCCCACCUCCACAUACACAACCCCGCGCUGGCGGCCGGAGGCGUGGGGCUGGAGGUGGCCCAGGGCUGGGAGAGGGCCAUCCGCCAGGCCCUGAUGCCCGUUCCAGUAACACCACAGCCCAGCGUGGGCGCCGCUGCGGGACAGAAUAAAGAUCACAAGGAACUGUCCAUCAGCAUUUCUGUAUCUAACAGUCAAAUCCAGGAAAAUGUGGACAUCAGCUCAAUCUAUCAGAUAUUUGCUGAUGAAGUGUUGGGCUCGGGACAGUUUGGCAUCGUUUAUGGAGGGAAACAUAGAAAAACAGGCAGAGAUGUGGCCAUCAAAGUAAUAGACAAAAUGAGAUUUCCCACCAAACAGGAGAGUCAGCUGAGGAACGAGGUUGCCAUCUUACAGAAUUUGCACCAUCCUGGCAUUGUAAACCUAGAGCGGAUGUUUGAGACUCCAGAACGAGUGUUUGUUGUCAUGGAGAAACUCCAUGGAGACAUGCUGGAGAUGAUCCUGUCCAGCGAGAAGAGCAAACUUCCAGAGCGCAACACCAAGUUUCUGGUCACACAGAUCCUUGUGGCUUUGCGACAUCUCCAUUUCAAGAACAUUGUUCACUGUGACCUGAAGCCAGAAAAUGUGCUGUUGGCGUCUGCGGAGCCGUUUCCUCAGGUAAAACUGUGCGACUUUGGGUUUGCUCGGAUCAUCGGGGAGAAGUCUUUCCGGCGCUCGGUGGUGGGAACGCCAGCGUACUUGGCCCCGGAGGUGCUGCGCAGCAAAGGCUACAACCGUUCCCUAGAUAUGUGGUCAGUGGGAGUCAUUAUCUACGUCAGUUUGAGUGGCACCUUCCCCUUUAAUGAGGACGAGGAUAUUAAUGACCAAAUCCAGAAUGCAGCGUUCAUGUACCCGUCGACACCCUGGAAAGAGAUCUCUGCCGACGCUACAGAUCUGAUCAACAAUCUUCUCCAAGUGAAGAUGAGGAAGCGUUACAGUGUGGAUAAGACUCUCAGUCAUCCAUGGCUACAGGACUACCAGACGUGGCUUGAUCUGCGAGAGUUUGAGACGCGCAGAGGGGAACGCUACAUCACCCACGAGAGCGAUGACGCCCGCUGGGAAAAGUACGCUUUCGAGCACAGUCUGAUGUACCCUAAGCACUUCAUCAUGGCUCCAAACCUGGACGAUAUGGACGAGGACCCCUAGUGGCCACGUGAGCUGAACUGAGAACGGGGUCGUUUGAAGACCGCAACCUGUUAAUGGUGUGUCGCUGUGGAGACUGAAACACAUCGGCAAUCUGAAGCGGACGAUGAGGAAACGGCGAGGUUGAGCGCUCGCGAGAUGUCCGCGAGAGUCGUGGAAACUGUGGAUUCAGAGCGUGGAAGUGCGUUCAGAUGUCCUAAAGUGCUUGUUUCUUAUCGAGGUGUGUGUUCACUAUGUCAGAAACUCACGUUACAAUCACACACAGGAUAGUAACAGAGAGAGCGAUGUGGACGUUCACAGCCUUUCGUUUUGAACGCAUCAAACUGGAACAUGCUUUUUUUUUAUUCGUGGUCUAUUAUUUUCUAAUUCAUUUUACAACAUAGGUUUUACAGCAGAUUGAAUGAUUUCAAAAGGGUCAUUUUUUUUUUUGCACUAAACUAUGCAACUAAAUGAAUCAUGUGAGCACAGCAUUCUUCAAGAGCCCAGAAGAUCGACGGAUAAAAGGAGGACUCCACUUAAGCUACAGUAUGUUUAAACUCUGAAAACAUGUCUGAAUCGAAUCUGUCAGAUGGAAUGGGAGAUGUUAUCUUCCCGGGACCAAAGACGUUUGUGUCUGUCGUGACUCUUGUUCUUACAUCGGUUUAGAGCUGUUGUCCUCAGCAGCUUUCUUUACAGAGCCAUUGUUUUUAUUUAUUCCUCAUACCGCAGUCUUAAAGUCUAAUAACAGCUGAGCAGUGCUGAAAGAUGUGUUGGUCAAACGCCUACUGUGAGAAAGCUGGAUGACCGAUCAGCAAAGCUCUUUUUAAUACAGAAAGAAUUACAUAUUGAAAAUAACUGCUAACAACUUUUAUCAGAGAAAGAAGAUGAACAGUGUUAUCUUUUUUUCUAAUCUUUUUUUUUUUGUGUGUGUGUGUGG